CGUGCAAGGGAGAGCUCGUCGCGUGACACCAGAGCAUCCAGUUAUCCUGCUGCUGCUGCCAACUGUUGCCUCUUUUGCAUCUUCAUCUUGCACAGCUACUGAGUGUUUGCAACCACAACCGGUGAUGAUACGUGGUCAGGAGUUGAUGAUGAUGGGAGCGAUGAUGUUUGUCUUGCUGAUGGUGUCGUCACCAGUCAUUGGAGCUAACUUCCUCGACUACGACGAAGGAUCGAUGUUGCCUUGGCCAGUCCAGCCGGCGCCCGGGCAGCCGUCCAUGAGGCUCCGCUUCGGCAAGCGCGGCUCCAGCCUCUGGGGGCUCACCCAGCGCUCCAUGCCGUCGCUCAGGAUGAGAUUCGGCAAGAGGGACUGGAUGCCUUCACAGCUGGUGGGUGAGUUCGACGACGCAGUGCAGGAGGACGACGUCGGGGCGGCCGCGGGCGACGCGAGAGCGCGACGUGACGGCAGCCGCUCGCACCCCGGCAUGAGACUACGCUUCGGCAAGCGCCAGGCACCGCAGCUCACCAGGAUGGAAGACGCUGCGUCGACGCAGCAGUGAGAGUAGCUGCUGGUCAGGGUCACGCAUCACAAACAAUAAGGAUAAUAUUGACAUGAGAAUUACAGAACUUGCUGCUAUGCUUUGGUCUGGUCGAUUUAGCCAGCUAUAACCUCUUCUAUUUUUCUUACUGUAUCGUUAUAUCGUAAAUUUUAAUCAUUCAUCAAUUGUAAAGUUAUCAUUUCAGAUAUUUUUGCGAUUGAUCAGGGAGGUGCAAAAAUUGAUAGAAACUCGUUUGGAAGUUUUAGUCGGGUGCGCAGGAAAAUGAUUCAUUGUGCCUGAAAUGUUUAUUUUAUUAUAUUGCUGGUACGUGUAAUGCCGAAGUAUAUAAUCUUGCUAUUUAGUGAAUAUAAGUGAGUGGAAGUCCCGAAUUCUGCUCCAGACAUUAUGUUAACAUAUAUAUAUUUAUAUUGAUUAAGCCGAUGAAUAAAUCCGCCUAUAUAAUGUUAACGGUUCUUGUAACGUCAGGAAUUUUGAGUGAAAUUGUAAGUAUGAACAAUGCAUCGGCCAUACAUAGAAAGUCACCAGACGUUCGUAAAUGAGUGCAAUGAUCUAAAUAUUGCAUACCGGCCUCCCCUUAAAGAUGUUUAUUAAUUAAGUUCUCAACCCGUCGUACGUUAUCCCAGACGUCUCGAAUUUAUUUUAGGUAUUCUUGAUGUGUACAGAUGCAACAAUAUACAAAAAUUGUAAAACUUGAGAGAUAAUUUGUCAAGAUAGUUUAGAACCAACAAUGGAAAAAUUUAUUAGUUACAUUAUUGUGUAAAGUUGGUACCAAAUGUUUGUGCGACUGGGUGAACCAUACAGUAAUAGUCAUGGAUUGGUUCGUAUCUCGACAUGAUCUCGCGACACGAGACUUCGUUCUACGUUAGCGAAGUACGAAGAGAUUGUUCAUCACAAUAUCAAUUGGUACAAUACUGCCGACGACAGCAAUAUAGAAGGUUCCUAAUUGUCUAUAUUUUGUGCCGUCAAGGAACCUGGUUUAUAGGACACAUCACGUCAGCCGAUCAACCAACGCAAUCUGUACUGUGUCGCUUCAAACGCAUAGUAUCAGUUGGAAAAAGUAAUAAAAGAAAUUUGAAGGUCAAGCUUUAUUUAGUUGAAGUGUUAUCGAAUUUUCAUCAGAUUUAUUUCACUCUUGUUUCUUAAAUAAUUACAGUUCUAAACUCCAAUAAACUGGUUACAGUUCUAAACUGAGCAAACUAUACUUUCACUGAUCGAACUCACUAUUACAUUUGCUUUUAUUAAUUUUUUUAAACGCAUUAGUGGGCCCAGUGCAGACGCCCAAAAAAUGUUGUAGCAAUGAAACAAAUAGCUAAAUUUCCUCCAAAAAGCUCUUACUGAUUCACUGCAUAAAUUAUUAGUGGUGCAGUUCUUCAUCCUUGACUCAAGAGGCUGUUAGACACAAGCCUGGCUAAAAAGUGUCAGUGUCUGUCAAUGCUAAACUCGCACUCAUAGGACCCCGAAACUUCCAUAUAAAUCAUCAUAGGCACGAAAAACUUCCAUAUAAAUCAUUGAAAUUUCUUUGUAAUUUAGUCACCUGUAGAUAAUUUUGAAACCUGCUAUAAAAAAAGCCUCAUCUAUUUUAGUGUCAAGUCGAAUGGAUUUGAGUUUCCAUUGUUUACAAUCUAAACUAACCAAUAGGAAGCCUGGUGUUCCUGAUUAAAGAACAGAGACUUUGUGUGUUCGGUGAACACAUACGCUUUCAAAUGACUGACAUUAUCGUGAUAUCAAUACUGUUGAAAUUGCUUAUCAACUAUAAGGAAAAAAAUUGUAGCCUCUAGAAAUUUCUUCUAUUCCGCUAAGCCUUGAUAAAAUCAAGAAACUCGUGUCUAACUUGCGCUACGAUGGAGCACUCGAGUUGAGUUAAGAGUAAUACCAGCUGGAUGAUAGUGAAUAAUUAUGUAACAGUGCCAAAUUAUGUUGGAAUAAAGCACUUGAACCUC